UUACUGUACCGGGUAGUCAAUUUACUAAUUACUGUACUGGGUAGUCAAUUUACUGCUUACUGUACCGGGAAUUCAAUUUACUGCUUACUGUACCGGAAAGUCAAUUUAUUACUUACUGUACUGAGUAGUCAAUUUACUACUUACUGUACCGAGUGGUCAUUUUACUACUUACUGCACCGGGAAGUCAAUUUACUAAUUACUGUACUGAGUAGUCAAUUUACUACUUACUGUACCGAUCAAUUUACUACUUACUGUACCGGGAAGUCAAUUUACUAUUUACUGUACCGGGAAGUCACUUUAAUACUUACUGCACCGGGAAGUCAAUUUACUACUUACUGUACCGGGAAGUCAAUUUAUUACUUACUGCACCGGGAAGUCAAUUUACUGCUUACUGCACCGGGAAGUCAAUUGACUACUUACUGCAACGGGAAGUCAAUUUACUACUUACUGCACCGGGAAGUCAAUUUACUACUUACUGUACCGGGUAGUCAAAUUUUUUGGUUCAACCUGAUUUGGCAGAGAGGUAAUUAUUUAAUUUCAAUUGAAAUAUUUUAA